UUAGCAUUUUCUCUUUUGAUUUAUUAUUAUUCUCAAUUCCUCCUCAUCUUUGAAAACAACACUCACUCUAAAACCCUGUUAUUUCUUCAACCAUGAAUUCAUCUUCUUUAGCUUCCUUCAUUCUCACACCACCACUACCACUACCAUGCAAAUUCAACCACCCCCGUUUUCAAAUCAAACCACAACCCAUUUUCCACCACCCCCUUAAUUCCAUUUCCCUGUGCUCAAAAUCCAAUUUUUCCACCAAAUCAUCAUCAAAUAUCAACAACCCAGUUUCAAUCCCUGAAGAAAACGCAUCUUAUGUCGCUGUUGAAGAAUUCAUCGACAAAGAUUGGUCAGUGCUUGACUAUACAGGACCAAACAUUGACCGUAUUAUAUCAUCUGGGAAAAUUGAUGAGAAUUCAAGGGUUUUGGUUUCAAGUGGUUCUGAAGAGUUUGUGGAUUGUUUAGUUGGUGGUUCUAAAUUCAAGUCUAUGCUUGUUCUUCAUGACUCACUUUUGAUAUUGGCUCUUCUUAUUGAGAAAUAUGAUAAUAUUAAGUGUUGGCAAGGAGAGGUUACUAUUGUUCCGGAAAAAUGGUCUCCUUUUGAUGUUGUGUUUCUUUAUUUUUUGCCUGCUUUGCCCUUUAAACUUGAGGAUGUUCUUGGUUCUUUGGCUCCAAAAUGUUCACCUGGUGGAAGGGUGAUUAUCAGUCACCCACAAGGGAGAGAAAUACUGAAACAGCAACGACAACAGUACCCAGACGUAGUAGUUUCUGACCUUCCUGACAAAACACAUUUACAAAGUGUUGCAGCUGCUAAUUCCUUUAAUGUGGCUGAAUUUGUGGAUGAACCUGGCUUUUAUUUAGCUGUUUUGAUCAAAUCUAGGACUUAAAAACUAGUUUAGAUCCUUUCGAACACACAAUUUGGUUGGAUUUUCAUAUGGUUUUAAUGCUUUAUGAUUGUUAGCUAGAAUUUUUUGGAUGAAAACAAAUUAUAAAUGAUUUAAUUUGAUUAGUAUCUCAGGCUUCCUCGUGUAAAA